AAAAAUAGUGAAGGUGGGCAAUGGGGACUUCAACAUUUCUUAUGUUUCUUUGUUCACUUGUUCUUUCCCUUGCUGCUGUUGUUCUUUCAAAGCAUCCUGCUGUUGAUGUUUAUCUUGAGCGCAGAUGUAAUGAAGCCAGUGGAAAUUACAGCGCAAACAGCGCUUACGAAGCCAACCUCAAUAGCAUCAUCUCUCGAUUCUCCACUUCCACUGAAUUCAAUUACGGGUUUUUCAAUCUGUCAGCUGGUGAAAGCAGCAGAGACAAAGUUAACUCAGUCGCACUUUGCAGGGGUGACAUGAACCAAGCCGAUUGCAAAACUUGCCUCAACUACACCGCGACCGAGCUCAAGCGAUUCUGUCCCUUCAACAAGGCCGCCACCGCUUGGUCCGAAUUGUGUUUGGUGAGGUACGCCAACCGUGACCUGUACGGGCUGUUGGAGAACGAUCCUCGCAUUUGCGUAUUCAAUCCCAGGAAUCCGUCGUACCCUGAUCAGUUCAAUGACGCGUUAAGCGAUCUAUUGGAUGACCUCAGGAACGAGGCGGCAGCUGCCGGUCCUGUACGCAAAUAUGCAGCCGGUAAUGCAUCGGCUGGUGGUAACCACGAAAGGGUGUACGCUACGAUGCAGUGUACUCCUGACAUGGACCAGCUAAAUUGCGAUACUUGCCUAGCUUUCGCUCAGUCUGAGCUUGAGAAAUGUUGCUAUGGAAGAAUUGGAUGCAGGGUUCUUAGACCAAACUGUGUCUUGAGGUUUGAGUCUAACCCAUUUUAUAAUGAAACUGCGGUUCCUCUGCCGUCUCCUCAGCCAUCUCCAUCCGGAGGAAAUGAGGAUGAAACAACUCCAACUGUAAUAAUCGUGAUUGCUUCAGUUGUUGGCGUUCUCAUACUAGUUUUCAUCUCCAUGUGCAUGUUAAUGAGACGCAGGAGAAACAAACCCGUAUCAGCAAAUGUGGAAACUGCGCCAGUGGAUAGUGAGAUGUCUGGCAUUGAUCCCUUGCAGAGUCCGCUCAUAGAAUAGCAUCAUCAGCUCUUGCUCGAGACUCUAC